AUGGCGCCACAAUCAUUUGAUGAGUUUUUGAAGCAGCAAGCCCAACAAUCUAAGGGGCCGGCUGUCAACAGAGGCCUUAAUAACAAAGUAUAUUCUAAUAGAGGAAGUACUCCGUUUCAAGAUUCGUAUGGUAGCACCCCUAAUGGUUCAUUGCCAGGAAGUGGAUCUGCUACUCCAAAUCCAAACUCGUCUACUGCAUCUUUAACCUCAUUGAAUACUGCAUUAAGUAAGUUGAAUGUUGGUGAUACUCCAAUCCAAGAAAACUUAUGGAACAUUGAACAAGCUUCUAAGAUCUCAGAAGUUAAGGUUGAAGCUGAAGCUAUUGCUAAUAUUGUUUCGGAGUCAUCUUUAUCGGUUAUUAAUGAAUGGAAGUUAAAUGACAUUAUUAAAUCAUUAUCUAAGCCUAAAAAUUCUCCUUUAGUCAGAGAAUCUGCCAUGAUAAUUAUUCAACAAUUGGUUAUGAAAUUCGGUGGACAAACUCCAAGUGAAGCAUACCUCUUGCAAUUUUUCAGCAUUUGUUACGACAUGUGUGCUGAUAAAGAUAAAAACUGUGUUAAGGCUGCUAAAACUGCAGCUGAUUCAUUGUAUGGUAUUUUCCCUGUUGAAGCAGCUGGUUCCAUAGUAAUUAAUACAUUAUUAAGUUAUUUAUCAUCUUCAGCUAAGUGGAAUUCGAAAAUGGCAGCAUUAGACACCUUUGACAAAUUGAUAGAUGACGUUCCAGCCGAUUUAUUAGAGUUGAAGUUCGUUAACACUGUUCCUGUUUUAACCGAUUUAUCCACUGAUUUCAAGCCGGAAUUGGCCAAGCAUGGUUUAAAGGUUAUGAUGAAAUUCGUUAAGGUUUUGGACUCGUUGGAUUUACAGAACAAGUUUGAAUUAAUCGUAGAAACAUUAUCUGAUCCAAAGAAAGUUCCAGAAUGUAUCAAAAAUUUAUCGUCUGUUACCUUCGUUGCUGAAGUUACCGAACCAGUUUUAUCUCUUUUGGUUCCAAUUUUGGAUAAGUCAUUAAAUAUGUCAUCCACUUCAAAUGAUCAAUUAAGACAAACUGUUACUGUUACUGAAAAUUUAACUAGAUUAGUUAACAACAAGCGUGAAAUUGAAGUCUAUAUUCCAAUUCUUUUACCAGGGGUACAAAAGGUUGUUAACAAUGCAUCUUUACCAGAAGUCAGAGAAUUAGCCGGAAAGGCCUUAUCCGUUUUGCAAGAUGCAAAGGACGAACAAUCUGAUGGUAUGUUCCAUGGAAGAAUUAACUUGACUCAAGCAAGAGAAUUCUACACCGAAAAUAUGGAUGAUGAAUUGAAAUCUGUUGCUCAAACUUUGCAUGUCGAUUCUGACGAAAUUAUUUCCAAUUAUUUAGCAUUUAUUUUACAAGCCGAUGCUAAUGUUAACGAUUGGAAACGUCUUACUGAUUACUUAAACAUGGCUAUCACUGAUUCCGAUAAUGAAUUAAAAGAAAAGUAUGUGAACAAGGUCCUCGCUAAUUUAAGAGAUUUAUUCACUGCUGUUUCCACCAGGGUAUAUGAUGAUGAGGAAGGUGCUAUUGAAAUUGUCAAUGCUGACUUUUCCUUAGCCUAUGGUUCUCGUAUGUUGUUGAAUAAGACUAACUUGCGUUUAAUCAAAGGACACAGAUAUGGUUUAUGUGGUAGAAAUGGUGCCGGUAAAUCUACUUUGAUGAGAGCCAUCUCUAAAGGUCAAUUAGAAGGUUUCCCAACUCCAGAUCAAUUGAAAACUUGUUUUGUUGAACAUAAGUUACAAGGUUCAGAAGCUGAUAUGGAUUUGGUUGGUUUCAUCGCUUCCGACCCUGAAUUAGAAGGUGUUGGCCGUGACGAAAUUUCUAAGGCUUUAUUGGCUGUUGGAUUUCCUCAAGAAAGAUUGGACCAGCAAGUCGGUUCUUUAUCGGGUGGUUGGAAGAUGAAAUUAGAAUUAGCCAGAGCAAUGUUAAUGAAAGCUGAUGUCUUAUUAUUAGAUGAACCUACAAAUCACUUGGAUGUUGCCAAUGUUAAAUGGCUUGAAGACUACUUAAUUGAGAAUACUAAUAUCACAUCUUUGAUUGUUUCGCAUGAUUCCGGUUUCUUAGAUAAGGUUUGUACCGAUAUUAUCCACUAUGAAAACAAAAAAUUAGCUUAUUACAAGGGUAAUUUAUCAGAAUUCGUGAAGGCUAAGCCAGAAGGAAAAUCGUACUACACUUUGUCCGAUUCAAAUGUUAAGAUGGCAUUCCCACCUCCAGGUAUUUUAACUGGUGUUAAAUCUAACACACGUGCUGUUGCUCGUAUGGCUAAUGUUACGUUUACUUAUCCAGGUGCAGCUAAGCCAUCUUUAGAAAACGUCUCAUGUUCAUUGUCAUUAUCCUCCCGUGUGGCUAUUUUAGGUCCAAAUGGUGCUGGUAAAUCUACUUUGAUUAAAUUGUUAACUGCCGAAUUAAACCCUAACGAAGGUAAGGUUGAAAAGCAUCCUAAUUUAAGAAUUGGUUAUAUUGCCCAACAUGCUUUGCAACAUGUUGAACAACACAAAGAAAAGACUGCAAACCAAUACUUGCAAUGGAGAUAUAGAUUUGGUGAUGAUCGUGAAGUCUUAUUGAAGGAAUCGCGUAAAAUCUCUGAAGACGAAAAAGAACAAAUGGCAAAAGAAAUUGACAUUCAAGAUGGUAGAGGACCAAGAACUAUUGAAGCCGUUGUUGGUAGACAGAAGUUGAAAAAGUCCUACCAAUAUGAAGUCAAAUGGAAGUGGUGGUUACCAAAGUAUAACUCAUGGGUUCCAAAGGAAGUCUUGCUUGAACAUGGUUUCAAUAAGUUACUCCAAAAAUUCGAUGAUCACGAAGCAUCUAGAGAAGGUUUGGGUUAUCGUGAAUUGACUCCUACAGUUAUCAGAAAGCAUUUUGAAGGUGUUGGUUUAGACGGUGACAUUGCCGAUCAUACCCCUAUGGGAUCCUUAUCUGGUGGUCAAUUGGUUAAGGUUGUUAUUGCUGGUGCCAUGUGGAAUAACCCCCACUUGUUAGUCUUGGAUGAACCUACCAAUUAUUUGGAUCGUGACUCUUUGGGAGGCUUGGCUAUUGCUAUCAGAGAUUGGGCUGGUGGUGUUGUUAUGAUCUCGCAUAAUAAUGAAUUCGUCGGUGCCUUAUGUCCUGAACAAUGGCACGUUGAAAACGGUGAAGUUGUCCAAAAGGGUACUGCUGCCGUUGACAACAAGAGAUUCGAAGACGGCGACUCCGCCUCUCCUUCUCCUGCUCCAACUCCUACUAAAAAGAGAGCUGAUGACGAUGAUUCUCCGGCUAAUAUCAAGAUCAGAGCUAGAAAGAAGAAGAUGACUAGAAACGAAAAGAAAGCCCAAACCGAAAGAAGAAGAUUGCGUUACAUUGACUGGUUAAACAGUGCAAAGGGUACUCCAAGAUAUCCAGAUACUGAUGAUGAAGAUGAAGAUUAG